AUGGCGUGUCUAGGUGAGGUUCACAGGCAGCUUCUAGACGUAAUCCAAAGAUCUCGCGUAAUCGACCAGCAAGUCAGGACGAUGAGGGAGACGACGUUAUCACGCCCAAUGAUUUCCUUGGACAUGUCAAUAAAUAGCAAGUCACCGGCAAUGAGAAUGGCUUUGAAUGACGAGCCGCCUGACUGCGACGAGUCAACGCUUCUGGCUGAUGCAAUAUACCAUCAACACUGUGCGUCGGUGGCAGCACCAGGGAUGGCACCGGAGCUCACCAGUGCCUCUCACUUGUCCGACGGCGUAGGAUCCCGGCAAGGCGAUGCGAUAGACUUCCUAGUUUCUACGCUACAGAGGGUGGUGCACGACGCAAACGCUGUCCUCCGUUACGCGAAACAAGUAGGCCAAGCUAACGAACUGAGAGACACGAUUCAGCCUCAGGCGUACGCUGACCCCAUCCCCGACUACUUCUCCUUAGUGGAGCGGGCGAGACAGAGUGGGCAUAAUGACAGCGUCGCAUACAAUCCCGUCGGAGGGUUUAUUCGAUACGUAUACUCUCUGAUAGACAGAAAUGCGGCCCUCCAACGAGAGCUUCAGAGACAUGCUAAGUUAUGUAAAGGGUCUUAUUAG